GUGGGAUUGCACCUAAACAGAUCUGGCUCCCGAUAAGAAACAGAAAGACCAACAUGGACGUGGAGGAAAAGUUGCAGUUUAACUUCACAGUCUGCAUCUCCAACCUGUUUGGAGACUACAACAACGUGCUUCAGUUCGCCCAGACCCUGGAGAUGUACAGGUUGCUGGGCGUGGGCAGAGUGGUGAUCUAUAAAUCCAGCUGUGGCGCAGAGCUCGAGCGUCUGUUGAAGAUCUACAGCCAGGACGGCUUCCUGGAGGUAGUACCUUGGCCCAUCCAGCAACAUCUGAAUCCAUCUAAAGGUUGGCUCUUCUCAAAGGACGGAGGGGACGUGCAUUACUUUGGCCAGUUAGCCACGCUCAAUGAGUGCAUUUACAGAUCCAUGGAGCGCUCACGCUACGUCUUGCUGAACGACAUCGAUGAGAUUAUAAUGCCUUACCAACACGACAACCUGAUGUCUAUGAUGAACAUGCUCCAAGAGCAGCAUCCAAAUACAGGGGCAUUCCUCAUUAAGAACCAUAUUUUCCCCCCAAAACACUUUGAGCCAAGCGGGAGGUUUCACCUGCCGCAAUGGAACGGGCUGCCAGGAGUUAAUAUUCUGGAGCACAUCUACAGGGAGGAACUCAGCUUGAACAAAUACAAUCCGCACUAGAUGAUAGUUCAGCCAAGGUUGGUGGAGCAGACUUCAGUGCACGAGGUGACCAAACAAAUGGGAAAUAGCUUCCAGGUUCCACAAGAGAUCUGUCGGAACAUUCACGUCCGCGUGACUCUGCAGCCGGCGCUGACGGUGGAGCAGCUCACUGUGGACAAACGACUGUGGGACUUCCAUGAUAAACUGGUUCCCAACGUGGACAAGGCGCUGAAGAGAGCCGGACUACUGAACUCGGAGGGGCAGGGCUGGUGGACGGGACUGGACAGACAGGACAACUCUGAAUAGAGGUGCUGGGUGAUGAUAAAUAGGACUAAUUGGUUUAUUUUGAUUUUAUUUAGUUAUAGAUUACAGCCAGCUCAGGUAUUUUUCUGCACUGUCCCUCAUCACAUCGACUAUAAUUACAGUAAAUGAUGAGAAUCCGUCAUUAGAUUUCCUUGAGACAGGUGGUAACAGGUUGAGCUUCUGAUGUAAAAAUGCUAAAUGUGAGAGACAUCAAAAUGUCCAAUACACCUGAGGGUAUAUUCUUGUUAUGGGGCUUUUUAUCUUAAGCCUGUAUUUAUAUAAACAUUUUGGGAUUAUGGGAAAGUUAUUCAAAAUGCACCACAUAUUCUCUUUUGUGACUGCACACAGGUCAGUCCAGCACCCCCACCCUCUUCUUCCGGAGCCAUGCCUUUGUAAUGUGUGCAGAAUGUGGUUUUUCAUUGUCUUGCUGCAAUAUGCAUGGAUGUCUCUGGAUAAGAUGUCGUCUUGAAGGCGGCAGAUGCUGCUCCAAAAUCUCAAUCUACUUUUCGUCAUUGAUGGUGCCAUCACAGAAGUGUAAUUUACCUUUAACAAGAGCACUGAAACAUUACAUUACAUGUCAUUUGGCUAAUGCUUUUGUCCAAAGCGACUUACAAUUAGUACAGUGAGGGGCCAUUUAGGGGUUCAGUAUCUUGCGAACGACACUUCAGCAUGCAGACUGGGAAGAGUGGGGAUUGAACAGCCAAGCUUCUUGUUGGAGAACGACCACUCUACCCUCUAGGCCACACCGCCCAUACCAGACAGACGCUGGUUUUUGGA